GCACGCCCCAGCGCACCGCAAAGCACGACGCCCCUUCACGCGACUGACGAACCGAUAACAUUAACCUUAGGACACCUUCGGAGGUCCUCGAUCGAUGAGACUAACUUGUUUUUCUACUGCCGACGCGUCGUCACAGCAAGAGAGAUAGCAAACCGACCGCCCGGCCGCCGUCACGCACGUCACACAGGCUCCGAUGGUCCGCAAGUACAUCGGCAACGGCCAGUGGGCCGACGUGCCCGGCACCGCACCCACGAAAACCACGACGAACUUAGAUCUGGACGCUGCACUAGAAGAAGUAGCUACCAGAUUCCUAGUACACCUCCCAGAUUCGGAACUCCAGAGCGGCGACCGCCUCUUCUUCCAGAUCGAGCAGGCCCACUGGUUCUACGAGGACUUUCUCGCGGACGCUGAUGGUUCCAGCUUACCCCACUUACACCUGAGGAAGUUCGCGUCCAAGCUUUUUAAUAGUGUGGAACUACUCAAACCCUUAAAAGCGCACUACGAGGAGCUGUUCGACGAGUUCCGCGCUUACAAGGGGAAAAUACCGGUCUGUGGAUGUGUUCUACUCGAUCCCUCCCUGACCAAAGUUGUGUUAGUCCAAAAUUGGGCGAAGACGUCCUGGGGUCUGCCGAAAGGAAAACUGAACCAGAACGAGAAGAAGUCCGAAUGCGCAAAGCGCGAGGUCGGCGAGGAGACGGGCUACGACGUCCUGAUGGACUUGGACGAGCACGAGGCCCUGGAAUUGGUGAACCAGGACCAGCACGCGGCCAUGUUCUGCGUGCCCGACGUCGACCCUUCGUUUGACUUCCAGCCGCGCGUGCGGAAGGAGAUUAGCAAUGUGAAAUUUUUUCCGUUGGACCAGCUCCCAGCAAAACAGUGGGGCGUCGGCCAGUUCGUGCCCAAAAUAAAACGCUGGGUGAAACAAUAUAAGAAGAAGCGGAAAGGUUUGCCUAUUGUUGAAGAUGAUACGCCGCCGGCUUCGCCGUCAAGACCGGUGCCGCCUCCAUUGUCACCUUCCCAGGUCGAGCGCUCCCUCGAGGCGUCUUCAUCAAAUGAUAGGAUUAUGAAGGCCUUUGACGACGCGCUGGCGCCGCAUCUGGAGGCCGCGCGGCGCGAGCUCGAAGAGGCGCUCGUCGAGGCCGAGGCGUCGUACAGCAACGGGCAUUCACCAGAGACGGAUCUGGAGCCGACGCCGCCGCCCCGGCCCGGUGGCGGCGGCUGGGCCGCGCCGGGCGCGUCUACUACGAAACGAAAAAAGAAGACGAAGAAGAAGGUGGCCGCGCCACCACCACCGCCUUCUCGACAGAACGACGACGAGGAGGGUUAUGCGUAACACGUUUAUUAGGGA